AACACGGCGAGAUCAAGAUGUGUAGAACAGAAGAAGUCUCAAAUCUGGGAAACUAACCAAACUUUCCUCACUCACAAAUUUGACAUUCCCAUUUUUCUAGUAAAUAAAAACAAGGUAAAUAUAGAGAAAUGUCGCUAUAUGAUGAUUACGAUGUGAAAAACACGGCAGCCGAGAAAGCACAAGGACUCCAAGGCUGGUCGUCCAGUAUCAAGCUCCUUCAGUCCCAACUUCAGCUGAAAAAGGCUACCGUUACCCAACCCAAACGGGAGCAGUUCAGAAAGACGGUUAGCUUGGCCCCAGUUAUAGAUCUAAAAUCCAAAAAGGAAGAUGACGAGUACAAUAUCUACCCAAAAGGCAAAGUUGAAGCGCGAUUACCGAUCAUCAGCUCUGGCGUUUAUAGCAGUGAGUACGAUUGGAAUGUAGUGGAUGAAUAUGACCCUCUGUGGCCCAAUGAGUAUGAGAAAGUUGUGAAAGAGCUCAGGGAUCACCUGAGAGGUGACAGAGAUAGAGACAGGGAGCCCCGUGAGAUACAUGAAGGUAGAGACAGAGACCGUGAUAGGGACAAUAAUAGGGAAGGGAGAGGCAGAGAAAAGGAAGAAAAGCGGCGGGACAAGAAAAGGAAGAGCAGGUUCAGUGAUCCUGAAGAGAGUCUGUCACCUCCACCUGGAGUUGUGAAUAAUCCACAGAUGAGCCAGCCUGCAAUAGGCAGUGGUUUUGCAGGUAGGUGGGCAGAGGAGGAUGAUGAGCCUGUGAUAGAGAAGAAGCCAAGAGCUGCUGGGGGAGCUGCUAUUGCUCCUCCUCCCAGUUUACAGGAACAGCCUGAGUCUGUCCCCAUAUUGCCAAACAAGUUGCAACCUAAUGCUACAUAUGGUGGUUCAGUUGCUGCUAAAAUUAUGGCAAGAUAUGGGUUUAAAGAAGGUCAAGGCCUUGGCAGAAUGGAGCAAGGAAUGUCCAGUGCUUUGCAAGUAGAAAAAACAUCCAAAAGGGGUGGACGAAUUAUACAUGAGAAAGAAAUCAUGCCUCCUCCACUAAUUGAUGGAGCCAGCCCAGCUAAGGCUGCAGAUCCUCCUAUAACAGAAAUAAUGAAGAAUCCUAGCAAGGUUGUUUUGCUGAAAAAUAUGACAGGUCCAGGUGAGGUAGAUGACGAUUUGGAGCCGGAAGUCAAGGACGAGUGCAACACAAAGUAUGGCCCAGUGGCCAGCGUGGUCAUCAAUGAGAUAGAAACGGAGGAUUCUGAGGAGGCUGUGAGGAUUUUCGUGGAGUUUUUGAGGAUCGAGAGUGCCAUCAAGGCCGUGGUGGAUUUGAACGGGAGGUUUUUUGGCGGGAGACAGGUCAAGGCUGGGUUUUAUGAUACUGAAAAGUUUGAUAAUUUGCAGUUGAUGGAUUGAGAUAGUGUAUCAGGAAAGUUUGGUGUUUGUACUCACAUGAAUGAGUAUUUUUUAUUA